AUGGCUGGUAUUACUGUCAAGGACGUUAACGCCCACGCUUUCAUCAAGGCCUACUCUGCUUACUUGAAGCGCACUGGCAAGCUCGAGAUCCCCAAGUGGGUCGAUAUUGUCAAGACUGGCACCCACAAGGAGCUUGCUCCCUAUGACCCUGACUGGUUCUUCGUUCGUGCUGCCUCUGUUGCCCGCCACAUCUACAUCCGCAAGUGCGUUGGUGUUGGUGCCUUGAAGAAGGUCCACGGUGGUCGCAUCAACCGCGGCUCUCGCCCCUCCCACCACGUUGAUGCCUCUGGUGCUAUCAACCGUCGUGUUCUCCAGGCCCUUGAGAAGAUUGGUGUCCUUGAGCAAGACAAGAAGGGUGGCCGUCGCAUCACCCAAGAUGGUCAACGUGAUUUGGAUCGUAUCGCCAUGACCUUGGUUGAGGAGGAUGAAGAGUAA